UUUACUUAAAAUUUCUUUGUUUACUAAAAUUUAGCAUUUUACUUUACAAUGUUUCUAAGAAAAACAUUGUCAAAAUAUAAAUAAAUAAGGCUCGCUUCCGGUUUUCUAUACUUAAAAGUCUAAAACAACAAUCAGAAAAUAAUAAAUAAUUUAAGUAAUUUGUAAUGGAGAAGAGAAUACCAGAAAAAACUGAGUUUAAGUGGAGGAAUUAAGAAAGCAUUAACGGUGGAGUAGAGAUUUUAUAGGAAGAGUAGCUGCCCCAACCCCAUGAGCUUCUAUGGGGCCCCUACUCCUCGACGUCAUCUUCCUCUUUUACUUAAUUCACUUGCCUUCUUCUUCCUUCCAUAACCAUGACCACUGCAACACACCAGAUCUUUUCAUUCUUUUGCAUUUAACUCAUCUCUUUAGCUUUGAUCUUUUCAAGAAACCAUGGAUGAUGAUGGAUCUGCUCAUAGCUCACUGUUCGGAGACUUAUCCACCGAAGAGGUCACAAGCAAGGUCAUUCUCACAGCAAUCAUUGUUCUCUUCAUGGCGGUUCUUGUCGUCCUUAUCCUCCACCUUUACGCUAAACUCUACUGGUGGCGAGUAGACCAGCUCCAACAACAGCAGCAGCAAGAACAAGAACAAGAUGACCAAUCUUCCAUAGCUCCAACUGUAACCACUCGCCGCCAACGACGCCGUUUCAUCUUUGUUCCAGGGCAAGACGGCCUGUCCAGCACCGGUGGUCUGACCCCUUUUGAGCUCAGUUCAUUACCGAUUGUAUUUUUCGGACAAGAUGGUUUGGAGUGUGCUAUCUGCUUGUCUGAUCUUGUCAAAGGAGACAAAGCCAGACUGCUUCCAAAGUGUAACCAUAGCUUCCACGUUGAGUGUAUUGACAUGUGGUUUCAGUCUCACUCAACUUGUCCCAUUUGUAGAAACGCUGUUCUUGCUCUUGAGCAACCUAUCUCAAAGCAAAUCCAACUAGUUUCUAACAAUGCAGUAGAUGCUUUGUCUCAAAUUUCGAAUUCUGUUUCAAGUUCUUCUCCGGAGUUCCCCACCAAUGUCUUGGUAUGGGGUCGUCAGGACCAGGUAAGUACCAGAACCACCAAUGUUGGGUCUCAAGAAGAUGGUACUACUGGCAAUGCUGCUUCACAGAGUCAAGAUGAUGUUGUUCUGGAUAUCAAUGAUUCUACAAUUAGUACUCAUAAUGUACCGUCUUCAUCAUCAUCAUCAUCAAUGAGGUUUAUUGUUGAAGAGGAAGAACCAAAAUCUCCAAUGACAACGAGGUUGAGGUCUUUAAGGAGGUUUCUGAGCAGAGACAAGAGAGUCUCUUGCAGCAAUAGUGGUAGCUCCAAUGCUGCUGCAUUUUCUGUUGAUCCUUGAAGAUUAUGAUUAUAUUAGCUGAGUUGAGUUAAAACAAAAAAAUUGCCUGUAUAUGUCAAACUGUGUAGUGGUCUGGGCUUGGCUUUGUGUUUGAGAGAGCUUUCUUUGUUAUCCAAGUAAUAUCAUGUAUCUAUUCCAAUUUGGAAUUCAAAGCUUUUGUUCUCUAAUUAACUCCUGAGAUUAGUAGUCAUCAAAUGAUUGCAGGAAGCUACACUACACUAACAAAAGAUAUUUUAAUGUAAAACCAUAUGAUCUUAAGCUAAAACGUUGCUCAAAGAUUAUCAACUCUAACAAUGAGCUUACCAUGAG